UCGCUGCGUGGGACUAGCGACCUCACCUUGAACUCACCUGUCUGGUGCCUGCCCUCACCCACCCCUCCUACCUGUGCCGGGUGGCGAGCUGUUCUUGGGCCCUGCGACCUUGGGUAAUCUCCUUAGCUUUUCGGAAUCUCGGUUUCCCUGCCCGGGAAUAGGAAAGCAACUCCUGCGACGCUGGGGUGAGAAACAACCAUGAGAUUUGGCUGUGUUGGUCGGGAGGUGAUGGCAGCCGCGUAACUUCACCGCCGUCCUGGGCGCGCGGGACUCUUGGGGGAGGCGAGCGGAGAGCGUCUGGGGAAGCGAGGAUCUGCGGUCGCUACGGCAACCCGCGACGCCGGGCGUUCCCAGGCAGCCCGCGGCGGAGCAGAGAAGGCCAGCGGGCCCCCGGCUUCGAGCAAGGCCCCCGCGGCAUGAGACGGGAGGAAGCGGCGGUGGUGACCGCGGUGGCGGCGCCGGAGGCGGGCCGCGACGGGGAGCAGCCUCUGCAGCCCGCGGGGCUGGGGCGCGGGGCGCGCGGGGAGCCCGGCGGUGGCAGCGGAGGCGGCGGCGGCGGCGGCGGCGGCGGGAUUGGCCCCCAGGACCCCUGCGGACCGUGGAAGAAAUUCUUGUAUUCUGAGCCACAUAAGAGAAUUAAGGAAGUACUAGAAGAAGAACUGUAUAUUAAAAGAGAUGAAUGCCACAUUAAAAAUCCACCUGCAGGAAUGCAGCCUCUAGAGGGCGUGCCAUGCCUUCUGCUUACUCUCCGGGCAUUGGCAGCUCUGGUGGCCCUGGAAGGGAUUUGGAGCAUUAAAAGAAAUCUCCCGUUGGGAGGUUUGAAGCUGGGACCGACGAGCAGAAACAGUUUGCUGCCGCAAGCCAAGUACUAUUCAAGGCACGGAGGGCUGAGAAGAUAAGAUGAAUAUGUUUUUUCCAUCAAGAAGACACUUCCUCCACCUGAUGUCUGAAAAAUAGAGAACCCAAGCUUGUUUCACAGUUUAAGAUGUAUAAAAAAACUAUAUUCUUAUUGUUGGUAAUUAAUUCCAAUCUAUAAAUUAACCCAAGGCAAGGAAGGACUAGUGGCAAAAUUUGAUAAGCAUCUGGAAACAAUGAAGAAGAAUAUUAUACUUACCUUUAGUUGGCACAUUUGAAAUACACUGGGUUUCUAGUCAGGUUAUUUUAUUAAAUAUGUGAAACAUGA